CCGGGAUUUCGGACCCCGAACCCCCAGAAUCGGGUCUAGAGAAAAAAAGGCGUUUCGGACUCCGGCUCUCUCUACGUUCCGUAGGUGGCCAACCACUGUGCAAUUGAAUCAGGGAAACGCGGGGAGCUUGCUGAAUCCGAGUCCGCAGGAGCUUAUAGUUGGCCACAGAUCGCAAGCACAGGAUCACGCGUCCGGAGGCUAUGGGAAUUCGGGUCACAGCCACUUCUAUCGCUGGAAACGCAGGUCUCACUCGACAGGCUAAUCCAUGAAGGAAACUAAGGAGCCAGUUGAAUCCGGCGCGCCUGCGUCUGAUGGCCAACCUGAGAAUAAAAUCGGAGCCGGCAGCGCGUACCUGAGGAUAUUUCGAUAUGGCGCACCCACCGAGUACACGAUGCAGGUCGUGGCCGUGUUCUGCGCCGUGGCUUGCGGCGUUGGCAUGGGCAUGGUGAACUUGGUAUUUGGCGAGUUUAUCACCGUCAUGACCGACUAUGUGACGAGCCAAUCCACCCCGGAACAGUUUACAAGUGAUGCUGCUAAGCUCUCCCUCUACUUCUUCAUCAUCGGGAUCGGACGAUUCUUCCUCAGCUACGGGUAUGGUGUACUCUUCACCCUCGCGGCCCACCGGAUUGCUCGAAACAUCCGCCAUGCGUACCUUAAGGCGGGCCUUCGUCAGGACAUCGCCUACUUCGAUUCUGGCGUCGGCGGCUCGAUUUCCACGCAGGCGACCUCCAACGGCAAACUGAUCCAGGCGUCCAUUGCCGAAAAGUUAGGUCUCGUGUUCCAAGGAGUCGCGUGCUUCGUAUCGGCGUUUAUUUUGGCCUUCAUCAUACAUUGGAAGCUUACUCUAAUCUGUUGCUUCAUGGCUCCAGCUCUGCUUUUGGUCUUGGGAGUCAGCUCUACCGUGGAGGCCUCGAUCGAGACCAAAAUCCUCAAAGCCUACGCGCAGGGCGGCGCGUUCGCAGAGAGCGUCUUAUCGAGCGCCAGGAACGUCCAGGCCUUUGCCCUCCGAGCUAGGCUGGUGCGCGAGUUCGACAAGCACCUCCAGAAAGCCCAUGUACUCGGAAACCGAAAGCAUCUUAUUUUCGGUUUGUUGUUUUCCACAGAGUUCUUCAUUAUCUACGCCGGCAUUGGGCUAUGCUUUUGGCAAGCCGUUCUUAUGAUUGCCAGGGGCGAGGUGGAGAAGCCUGGAGAUAUAUUCAUCGUUCUUAUGUCGGUUAUAGUCGGUUGUUCUAGUCUAACCUCAAUCGCGCCUUAUCUAAUCGACUUUACCCGCGGUGCUUCGGCGGCUGCCGAGCUGUUUUUGUUGAUAGACAAGCCCUCCUCCAUCGAUCCGUUCGACGAGUCAGGAGUCCAGCCACCAGAAGUCGAAGGCAGAAUCGAUAUCGAAGACCUCACCUUCGCCUACCCGAUGCGGCCUGGAGUUAAUGUGCUACAGAACUUUACGCUACACAUACCUGCGGGCAAGGUGACCGCCCUUGUCGGAGCCAGCGGAUCGGGAAAAAGUACCAUUAUCGGCCUCAUUGAGCGAUGGUAUAAUCCUAUCUCUGGCACUGUGAAGCUGGACGGCCGACCCAUCGACGAGCUGAACCUCGGAUGGCUGAGGAAACAUGUGCGGCUUGUCCAACAGGAGCCCACCCUAUUCUCUGGUACGGUUUUCGACAACGUCGCGAAUGGCCUUAUUGGCACGCCUUGGGAGAAUGAGUCGCGAGAAGAGAAGCUGGCUAGGGUCCAAGAGGCUUGCAAGACCGCGUUCGCGCACGACUUUAUUAUUGGCCUCCCAGACGGCUACGAUACAGCCAUCGGAGAACGAGGUGGUCUCUUAUCUGGGGGGCAGAAGCAGAGGGUAGCUAUCGCUCGGAGCGUAAUUUCUCGACCGCGUAUCCUGCUACUCGACGAAGCCACGUCUGCUCUGGACCCGCAUGCCGAGGGCAUCGUACAGAAGGCCCUUGACAAUGUAUCCCAGGGUCGGACGACCAUUACGAUCGCGCAUAAGCUGUCUACGAUCCGAAAUGCCGACAACAUCAUUGUCAUGGAGAAAGGUCGCAUUGUGGAACAGGGCACCCACGAAUCGCUUCUGGAGCGCGGCGGCACAUACGCGCGCUUGGUCAAAGCCCAGGAUCUAUCCAUUUCAGCCAGCGCCGACUCGGAUGACAAUACAUCUGUCGAAGACGACGAGUUUCGAAAGCCCGAGCAAGAUGAUCUCACACACACGCUGACACGAUAUUCUACGAGAACUAAAGAGCACCUAGAGUCUGACCAAGAUCGAGACGACUAUGACAAAUGGAAGCGUAUCGGGCUUCUUGCGUCCGUAUGGCGAAUCGUCAAGUCGACUCCUGAACUUCGACUAGUGUAUUUCUUGAUGGCGGUGGCCUGCAUAGGCGCAGCUGCCGGAUUCCCUGGCCAGGCCAUCCUCAUGUCACAGUUCAUCAGCGUUUUCGAAUUACCCCCCGCGGCCAUGGAGACGAGGGGAAGCUUUCUGGCGCUCAUGUUCCUUGUGAUGGCCUGUGGGUUCCUCGUCGUCUACUUCGUUCUCGGAUGGACAUCGAAUAUAGUCGCCCAGACGUUGAAUCACAAGUAUCGAAAACAGAUCUUCAACGACAUCCUCCGUCAAGACUUGCGCUUCUUCGACCGUCUCGAGAAUACGACGGGUGCCUUAUCGAGCCGCGUGGACUCGUACCCUCACGCUGUCUUCGAGCUUAUGGGCUUCAACGUUGCCUUGAUAUUUGUCUCUGUCGUCAGUGUCGCAGCAUGCUCCGUCGUGGCCUUGGUUUACGGAUGGAGACUUGGCCUCGUCAUCGUCCUGGCUGGGCUUCCGCCCCUCCUCGGCUCAGGCUACGCUCGCAUCAGAAUUGAGGCGAUAAUGGACGUCAAGAUAUCGAAGCGGUUCGCGGCGAGCGCGUCUAUCGCAUCGGAAGCAAUCGCCGCUAUUCGAACUGUAUCCUCGCUCGCCAUCGAAAACUCUGUCCUUACUUCUUACAACCAAGAGCUCCUGCGUGCUAUUAACGACUCCUUCCGUCCAAUUCUCGUUACUAUGCUUCCCUUCGCCUUCACGCAAAGUGUCGAGUAUUCUUUCCAGGCGUUGAGCUUUUGGUACGGCUGCCGUCUGGUCGCGUCCGGCGAGUUGACCAUGGCCAACUUCUUCGUCGCAUUUCUGGGCGUGUUUCUCUCCGGCCAGCAGGCCUCGAUUCUCUUUGGAUUUUCAAGCAGCAUGACCAAGGCAACCAACGCGGCCAAUUACUUGUUCUGGCUCGAGGAGCUUCAGCCGUCUAUCCGAGACACCGACGAGAACCAUGAAAACGGACCCGAUGGAUUCAAGUCUCUCGAUAUCGAGGGCGUUAAAUUCUCUUACCCGAUGCGGCCAGAUACACACGUGCUACGAGGCAUUGAUCUUAAGAUUCGGCAAGGCCAGUUCGUCGCAUUUGUCGGGGCGUCUGGUUGCGGAAAGAGCACAAUGAUUGCGAUGCUGGAGCGGUUCUACGACCCUGUCAAGGGUCAUAUUGUUAUCGAUGGUAAGAAGUUAGACGAGAUGAGCCCUUGGCGGUUCCGGGAAGAGGUCGCUCUCGUCCAGCAAGAGCCCAAGCUGUACCCCGGGACCAUCCGCGAGAACAUCUCGAUGGGCAUCCCCAAGGACGACUCCGAGACCGUUUCCGAAUCGGACAUCAUCACGGCCUGUCGCCAAGCCAACGCCUGGGACUUCGUCUCCUCGCUUCCCGAAGGUCUCGACACGCCCUGCGGAUCGAACGGUCUUCAGCUUUCGGGGGGCCAGCGCCAACGCGUCGCCAUCGCCAGGGCGCUCAUCCGAAACCCGCGGUUGCUCCUCCUCGACGAGGCCACCAGCGCCCUGGAUACCCAGUCGGAACGGGUGGUGCAGGAUGCGCUGAACGAGGCGGCGAAGACGGGCGACAGGAUCACCAUCGCGGUAGCUCAUCGCUUGUCCACCGUGCGCCACGCGGACAUAAUCUGCGUCUUUUACAGAGGCAAGAUCCAUGCCGCAGGGACUCACGACGUGCUCCUCGCCAAGAGCGAGAUGUAUAGGGCGAUGUGUGAGGCUCAAAAUCUCGAAUGAUCUCAAUUAUGAAGAAUAGCGAAUCCACACGGACGAUUUUUUUUUUUCUUCGUUGAUUAAAACGGCUCCACAACCUAAAACUCAACUGUUAUUAUUUAAUACAUAGACGGGACCGCAGUUCUACGGAAUCCCACCCCCCCGGAACGAGUCCUUACCUCUUUCCAUACGCGUCCAGAAUAGACUUAGCCUACGUUGAACUAAUAGACUUAUCGAAAGUGAUGUCUUUAGUAAACAUUCGUUUUCGAAAGUACUCGGUGGCGUAAUUAUCCGCGUAGGUUAGAAAAUGCAUCACUGAGGAAGUUUAGCUUUAACAUAGUCCUUUAAAUGGG